AUGUCUUGGAUGUCAGACACAAUGGGAAUCGAAAGUAGAUUAACUUCUCCCGUAAAUAUGAUCCAUAUGGAACAUAUUGUAGUCAGCUCCUGUACUUAUUUAGGCGUAGUUUUCUCGGGAUCACUGUCUGGAAGGAAGGCAGCUGAAUCUGCGAUUUCUAGAGCAGCGAUCGCUAGUUUACAGACACUGAACAUUCUCGCUAAAGGCAAAGCGGACUCCUGGAACACCGUAUGCAAACUCUUUUAUAUAACUAUUGCUACCACGCUUCUGUAUUCUGCUCAUCUCUGGGGUCUUCGUCAUCACCAAAUGCUUGAAAAAGCCCAAGAAAAUUUCUUCAAGAGACUGUUUCUGCUACCACGCUGCACACCGGGAUAUGCACUGAGGCUAGAACUGGGCUUGACACCUGUCAAGUAUAAAAUUUUUCAACAGGCCUGGCGAUGGAUACUUAAAAUAUUAGAUAUGACCGGACAUAGAUACCCACGCAUAGCUUUCUUUAGGCUACAUAAACUGUCCCUGGGAGAAAACUGUGACCCGAAAUACAAUUGGGCAGCUCAAUUCUAUCAAAUUUUAAAAGAAACAGGUCACGAAGACCUAUGGGAAAAUCUGAACAGCCAAACAUGGAAAGAUAGAGAGUAUAGACUCUUUAAAAACUACGCUAAAAAACUCCGAAAAGAAGAUAUAGCCAAAUGGACCGCCUCAACAUUCUGUCAAUGCAGGCAUACCUAUGGACCCAAAUUGGAACCUGCAAAGUACAUCAAAGCUAGAUGCCCGAUAAACUGGCUAAGAAUGAGUAUUAACUUAAGACUGGCAAAUAACUUCAAGCUUCGUUUAAAACACGAAUCCAAUGUCUACACGUUUGAUCCAAACAUUCAAUGCAUGAGUUGCAAUAAUCGCAAUUACGAAAACGUUCAGCACGUUCUGGUUGAAUGUCCAACGUACACACCCUUCAGAAACAAGUUUCUCUUUACUGCUACUGCUGAUGAAAACGCAAAGGAAAAAACUGUCUCUGAAUGCCUCGAUCUACACACGAAAGGUGACCUGAAGAACCUGUACUACUAUAUGAGCAAUGUCCUGGCAGUACUGUAUCUCUGUGAUGACUACCAGGACCCCUGA